UUGACUGUCAUUUUGACGUUUCUUGUUACGACACAAUAAACAGCUGAUAGCUCACCGUGGUCAUUAUUCGUAAACCUAUUUGGGAAGAAAUGAGCCUGCUAAAAAAGUGCGCGCAGCAGUUAUUAGAAAACACAAAUUUGUGUUCUCAAGCAGUCGCCGCAACAGCUGCCGCAUUCCACACAAGUCCAGUAUGCAAUCGCGUGCAAGCCGGUCGCUAUCGUGUUACGACAAAGCGUAAUCGUGCACUCACAUAUGAAAUGGCCAACCCUCCCCACUAUAUUGCACAUCGCAAAGCUUGGAAUUCAUGGAACACGUCAUCUAUGUUGGAUGGACUGCGCCCCUCACAGACCGCCAUUGAAGAUGUGUUUAUGCGCAAGUUCAUGACUGGUACCUGGCAUGCGCUUAUUGUAUCUGAAGUGAUUAUCAAAAGGCAGCAUAAUAUGAUAAGAAUAGCUGCCAUUAUGCGCCAAGCAAUUAGUCCGAGAAAGAUGUACUUCCUUAUUGGUUACACUGAGGAGCUCCUCUCGUAUUGGUUGCAGUGUCCGGUGACAUUGGAGUUGCAAACCGUUGCAGAUAAAAAGGAUGUUGUAUUCAAGUAUAUUUAAGUUUUAUGUAGACGUUAAAACGGGAUGGGAACAACCAAAUAAAGCGCAGUCCUAAUGAAAUUUUGUUUAUCAGUGCACAGUUA